AUGACGGAACAAGAAAAAGUAAAACAACCAGCAAAUCCAAUACCCGAUUGGGUUGAGGAAUCUCUAUUUGAAAAUCUGCUCAAGGAUAAUAUUCCAAAUUUCCAAUGUAUUAAAAAAUUCGAAGUUAAUCCCGGCGCAGCUGCGGGUGAAAAUUAUGCCACCGUUAUUUUGAGAAUAAAUGUUGAUGUUGAAUUACAAGAUGGUUCCAGCAAAUCCCUAUCAUAUAUGCUGAAAACUGGUCACGAACAGGAUAUGCUUAAAGAUAUGAUGGGUUCACAUGAUGUGUUUGCUGUGGAAAAGGGCAUGUACGAUGACAUUGUGCCUGCCUUUGAAAAGCUUUACGCUGAUGUUGGUGUAGCAGUGAAAUUUGGACCCAACAGUUUUGUGCUGCCAACCGAUCAACCUUAUAUACUACUGGAAAAUCUAACUCCUCGUGGUUUUAAAAAUGUCAAUCGUCUGGAGGGUAUGGAUCAAAUACAUGUCGAAUGUGUACUAAAGAAAUUGGCUCAGUGGCAUGCAGCCUCUGCAGUGUAUCAUGAAAUAAAUGGUCCCUUCGAGGAGAAAUACUGCCAUGCAUACUACAGGGAAGAAUGCAAGCCAAUGAUGAAAAUAAUGAGUGAACAAAUAACGAAAAUCUUUACCGAAUGUGCAAAAACCUAUAAGCACUAUGAAGAAUAUGGUGAACAUUUGGUUCCCCCAGAAGAUCCCAUAGAAUUAGUCUUUCGCAUGGUCAAAGUGAAUCCCAACGAAUUUAAUGUUCUGAAUCACGGUGACUGUUGGAGCAACAAUUUCAUGUUCCAGUAUGAUGCCUUUGGUGCCAUCAAAGAGACCUACGUGAUUGAUUAUCAAAUACCCAGAUAUGGUACACCUGCCCAGGACCUUUACUACUUUCUGGUAUCAUCAACUAAUUAUGAAGUGAAAUUGAAGAAAUUCGAUUAUUUCAUUAAAUUCUAUCACGAUAAUUUGAGUGAAAACUUGAGAUUGCUGAAGUACACAAAACCCAUUCCAAAAUUGCGUGACAUUCACAUAAUGUUAUAUAAAUACGGGAUGUUUGGAGUCCAGACAGCUAUCGGUGUAAUGGGUGUAGUUUUGCUGGAUCCAACGGAGAAGGCAAACUUAGCCAACUUUAUGGGUGAAGAUGGUGAUGCUGAUGAUUUUAAAAAACUGAUGUUUACCAAUGAUCGCUAUAGGAAACACAUUGAGGUUCUAUUACCCUGGUUCUAUAAUCGUGGAGCCUUACAUUUUAGUUAA